AUGCUUUCGAGAGUCUUGAGACACAGGGCUACACUGCCAUUGGCUAUCGGCUCGGCCGCUAUUGCAACCGCUUUUUACAACACUACAUUCAUCAAGAACGAACCCUUGAAGACGUUCCAAGGUGACAACGCUUGGAUUGAAUUGCCAAUUGCGAAGAUUGAGGAUGUUUCCCACGAUACCCGUCGCUUCACUUUUAACUUGCCUGAGAAAGACCAAGUCACCGGCUUGAUCACAGCCUCGGCCUUGCUGGCUAAGCUGCAGACCCCAAAGGGAUCAAAUGUUAUCAGACCAUACACUCCAGUGAGUGACGUGAGCACCAAGGGCCACUUCGAGCUAGUCAUCAAGCACUACAAGGACGGCAAGUUCACAGAGAUGCUCUUCGACAAAAAGCCCUCCGACACAGUGGCGUUCAAAGGCCCCAUCAAGAAGUGGGAAUGGAAGCCCAACUCUUUUGAGUCCAUCACUUUGCUAGGUGCCGGCUCCGGUAUCACGCCACUGUACCAAUUGGUGCACCACAUCUCGCAAAACCCAGAGGACAAGACCAAGAUCAACUUGUUGUAUGGUAACAAGACUCCAAACGAUAUCUUGUUGAAGAAGGAAUUGGAGGAAAUCCAAGCUAAAUACCCCGAACAGGUCAAACUGCACUUAUUCGUGGACAAGGCCGAGGGCGACUUCAAGGGCAACCUCGGAUUCAUCACCAAGGAGUACUUGGAAGCCAACACCCCCAAGCCAUCCGAUUCUCACCAGGUUUUUGUAUGUGGCCCUCCACCUUUCAUGAAGGCUUACUCUGGUCCCAAGACCUCUCCACAAGAUCAAGGUGAGCUCGUCGGUAUUCUCAAAGAUUUGGGUCACACCAAAGAGCAUGUGUUCAAAUUCUGA